UAGGCGUUUCAUUUCCCCGGAGGAGGAAAUGUUGGUCAACUGAAGAGUCAGUAGAGGACAUAAAACCAUAAAUCUACUAAGAAUAUUUAUUCUGAUGACAUAGGUGGCUUCAGAUUACUCCAUCGCACUCCAUCAUCACGAAGAAAUGAUUGAGAAUCCAACCAAUGUGGAAGGAUGAGUGAGAGGAAAACACGAAAUUCAUUUGCUGCAACAGUUCCCCCUUUCAUUGAUUACCUGAAGGACAUCCUGCGGAGGUACCCUGAUGGAGGACAGAUAUUAAAGGAGCUUAUCCAGAAUGCUGAUGAUGCCGGGGCGUCAAAGGUGGUGUUCCUCCAUGAUGAGAGAUGCUACGGCAGCCAGAGCCUCAAGACUGAAGGUUUGGGAAAGUACCAAGGUCCUGCACUGUAUGCCUUCAACAAUGCAGAGUUCACAGCAGAGGACUGGGAGGGAAUCACGACCACAGGCCGGAGCAUCAAACGCAAAGACCCAAACAAAGUUGGCAGGUUUGGGAUCGGAUUCAACUCUGUCUACCACAUGACAGAUGUGCCAUCCAUAUUCAGUUCCAAGUACCUGGGCUUCCUGGAUGCUCAGGACAAGCUGUUUGAGGAGGAUGGAGGCUUCCGGUGGUGUCUGGAGAACGAGGAAGACCAGAUAACUCUCCUGAAUCUGCAGGAUCAGUUCCAACCAUUCAGAGAUGUUGUCGAACUAGUCAGUGGCCAGAGAUGGAAGGACAUCAUCCAGGAGGAGCAGCACUUUAAAGGGACACUCUUUAGGUUUCCUCUGCGCAGUGAGGCCUCAGAGAUCUCAGAUAACCUGUAUGACUACCACAAAGUAGUUCAGCUUUUCGAGAGCUUCAUUGCAGAUGCAAACAUAAUCCCUCUGUUCCUGAGGAACUUGUCAUCAGUCUCUUUGCAGCACAUUAACACGAACGGAUCCGUCAACACCCGGCUCUCAGUGACCUCAUCCAGUCCCACAGCUGAUCCAACUCUGAAGCCCAGGAGUGAUUCAAACAUCAAGGGCUCAACCUGCUUCAAAACCAUCGCCUCUAUCUCCAACAAGGAGGAGACAAAGACCAGGUGGCUUGUGACAACAUGUUGCAUGAAAGACGGAAAUGUACCAAAGCUAGAUUCACUUGCCAAGAAGCUAAGUUUCCGCCCUCAUGUUGACUUGGCGUUUCCAUGUGGCCAGGAGAAUGUCCUGACUGAGGGCAGACUGAGCUGCUUCCUGCCCCUUCCUAACAACAACUCCAACAAGACUGGACUCCCGGUCCAUGUGAAUGCCUGCUUCGGCCUCACUGACAACAGAAGACACAUCAAGUGGCAGGAGGAAGACCAGAAGUAUGAUGAAGCUGCAAUGUGGAACGAGCUGCUGGUGAAGGAGGUUCUCCCUCACACAUACCUCCUGAUGCUGCAGGAUGCCACCAACCUAGCCAAGACCACCACACUCCCCGUCUCAGCUGUGUACAAGAUCUGGCCAGACCUCAGUCAGACCAGAGACAAAUGGCAUGGGAUUGCUGAGGACAUUCUACAACGUCUGUUUAGACAGAACACUGCUGUCUUCUCUCUAGCUGAAGACGAAAGACAGUUUGUUUCUCCUGCCGAGUCUGUGUGUCCAUCCAAUGACCCCAAGGCAUCUGAAAUGAUGGCUGCCGUGACCAGGACCUUGAUUGCAGGAGGAGAAAAGCUUGUCACCUUCCCAGAUCAUGUCUCCAGAGCUGUCCAGCAGGCUUUCCCAAACCGUGACACUCUGAAAUGGGUGACUCCAGCUCUUGUAAGGGGUGUUCUCCGCAGAGAUGCCAUGUCCAACCUCUCCAUCGAUGACAAACGGUCUCUGCUGCAGUUCAUCUUGAGCGAUGAGAAAUACCACAACCUCAGGGAUCUGAAGAUGCUGCCUCUCAGCGACGGGACUUUCAAGACAUUCACAAAUGAAGAAAAGGACAUUGCUCUUAUUGACAAUGAUUCAUUUCCAAGAGUGCUGCUGCCAGGUUGCAAAGCCCUGUUUCUGCCGGAUGAUCUCAGCGACACUAGCAUCCACCAUUUGAGGCAACUAGCUAAAACAAAGCAAUUCAACGUAUUCAAUGUGGAUGCUGACAUCGUGGCUACAUUUGCCAAGAAGAGUCUCCCAAAGGAGUGGGAACAGACAGAUGGUCAUGUCACCUGGAAGGUAGGGAGUGGCCAGCACCCACCCUUGAGGUGGCUCAGAGAGUUCUGGAAAUGUCUCAACACUCACUGGGGAUAUCUGAGAUGUUUUGAAGGCAUUCCACUGAUACCCAUCGAGCCUCUUCACGAUACUAGCCAGUCUGUCAAACUUGCAAGACUACAACAGAAUCCAACCAUAAUUUUUCGGGAAAGCAAACAAACCAUCUUAUCAGACAAAAUCGUGAAAGUGAUAAAUAGUGUUGGGGGAACAGUGGUGAACAGAGAUAAAUGCCUGAAGCACCGAAAUCUUGACUCGUACGUACUACCACCAUCGCCUCAGAACAUUCUACAGGUGUUCAUGAACUUAGCUGCCAGUCAGGUCAUCAGUGGAAUCAGUUCUGCUCCUCACCAUGAGAAAGAAGAACUCAAAGCCUACCUAUCUACUCUGAAUCCUCUCACAGUCCAGGAACGAGAUCUGCUCUCAAAGAUGCCUCUCUUCCAAUCAAUGGCCGGAGAAUACGUUGCCGCCCUAUCCAAGAAGGCAGUGGAUCUGAGUUCCACCCCAGCUCUCCCCACAGAGCUCCCCAUGCUGCAUUCCAUUGUCCGGUGUGCAACUGUGGCUGAUCGCAAGCUCCUAUUGUUGCUCAAGGUUGAUGUCCUGGAGACCGCCCAGGCGGCCAUUUAUUUGGUUGAUGGAGUUGAGAGGAAGUCUUUCAAGAAACAAGAGACUGAGAGAAUCAUGACCUGGAUUUUACAGCAUGGCAGUAUCCUCUUCUUACAGAAUGGGACCUUGUACAGAAAAUGUAAGGAUUUGAGCUUCAUCGAAGUAGAUGGAAAAUUGAAGAAGACUUCCAGCAUUUUUGAUCCAAACAAUAAAACCUUCCAAGUCCUUUUUGAAAGAGAUUUUUUCCCUCCAGCUGUGUUCACCCAGACUCCAGAGAUGCUUGACGGCUUAACACGCAUUGGAUUGCAGACAAAGGAAAUGGAAGUCUCAGCAGACAACGUGUUGCAUAUUGCCACCCAUAUUGAGAAAUCACGUGUUCACUCACAAAGGGCUUUCAAAAAGGCAGAAGCACUUCAAAGACUAUUGAAUGACAAUGACUUGCUUUCCCAGUUCUCUCAUCAGCAGCUGCAGCACCUCUCACAGCUGCAGUGGGUCCCUUGUGAGAAUCCUUGCAUCACGAAAGAAAAGAACAAGCGGAAAAGUUUCUACAAGCCAGAGGAGAUACGACAUUCGGAGUACAAGAGCAUUGUAGGGCAUGUCAUGCCUCUUACUGGAGAAUUCAGUCAGAAAGUAAGCAGCAAACUGGGUCUGUUACGCCUCCCUCCUGCUGAGAAGGUUAUGGAGAAUGUGUCUGCAUUGGCAGCUGUGGCCCAGGCAAUGACAGAUCCAGAUAAAGAUGUGGAGUUUAAAACCAAGCUGCACAGCAUUUACAAAUAUAUGCAAGAUCACAUUCCUGCGGUCAGGGAAGUGUUGAAAAGGAGAUGCAUACCUUGGCUGUGGAUCCACAACCAUUUUGUUUUUCCUCGUGAUGUAGUCUUGGCCUACCCACCUGAUUUGGAUCUGAGCUCGUACAUUGAGAGGGUGACCGAUGAAUUUCUUCCAUACAACACCUUGCUGACAGAGUUUAGAGUGAAGACAUCACUGUCAAAAACAGAAAUAGAGGGCAUCCUUCAUGACAUCAAACAGACCAUUGAGGAAAGGUCCCAACCAUUUGGCGAACCCUCGGAGCUGAAAGUGUCAAUAGCCAUUCUGAACUGGAUGUGGAGAGAGAAGAAGACCGUCAAGGUCAAUAUCCCUGUGCCGGUCAUGGCAGGGAGUCAGAGAUUUACUCUGCAACCUUUGUCCAAGACGGUGUUUUGUGACAUAAGCAGAAUCAGUCUGGAGGAUAUACAGCACGACCAGGAGGAGAUGCAUGUCAUCCACGAGGAGAUUUCACCGGCAACGGCAGAGUGGCUAAACAUCCCGUUCCUCAGCACCCGGAUCCUACGUCCAGAGUUAAUUGGAAUAGAGCAGUGUGGGCAGUCAGAACCCAUAACUCUGAGGAUCAAGAACAUCCUGAAGGAGUAUGAUGAAGAGAAUGACAUAUUCAAAGAGCUCAUUCAGAAUGCAGAAGAUGCUGGAGCAAACACCUGUAAGUUCAUGGUGGAUUUCAGAGACCACAAAGACCCAGCGGACAGCCUCAUAGACCAAGGCAUGUCCCUCUGUCAGGGACCAUGUCUCUGGGCCUUCAACGACGAGCUCUUCACUGAGGAUGACUGGAAAAACAUUGUCAAACUCGGAUCUGCCUCAAAGGAAAACAAGGUUGAAAAAAUAGGGAAGUUUGGACUUGGAUUUAAUGCUGUGUACCAUGUGACUGAUAUUCCUUCAAUCCUCAGUGGCAAGGGGCUUCUGAUACUUGACCCAAAUGUUACACACCUGCAAAAGCACAUACAAAACAAAGCAAAUACUGGAAUCAAACUGGACUUAUCUCGGGAGCAGCUUCUGCACAGGUUUCCUGGACAAUUCAGACCAUAUGAGCGCAUUUUUGAUUGCAAUCUUUCAAAAAAGAGCACUCAGAAAUUCUACCAGGGCACGCUCAUUAAACUACCUUUCCGGACACGAGAGGAGGCUGUCAAGUCAGAAAUCAGCGGAAAUGUGUAUGACAGCGAUGGCAUAGUGAAAUUUCAACAGAAACUGAUCAACUCACAAACUUUUCUCCUCUUUCUGAAGAACAUCAAGAUGGUAUCUCUUCAAAACCUCCCGAGCGACGCUUCCACUCCUCCUCAAGACGACCAAAUUGAGACGCUUUUCACUGCCACCAGAAAAGUUGUGAGCACAUUCAAGAUUCCAGAGGACACUCCAGGAACGAUGCAGAAUGAUGCUCUGAAAUCUCUGAUGAAGCAAUAUGCGAAAUGCCAAGAGGUCAUUGACUGCCAUAGCGCCAACAUAGCAGAACUAACUCAACAACAUUGUGAUGGAUCUGAUGUCCAGUUUUGGCUUCUGUACAAUUGCUUUGGGACACAAAAAUCUUUACAAAUGGUCCAGACAGACAACAAGCAUACAGUGUUCUCCUUGCCAAUAGGAGGUGUUGCUGUACCAUUAAACAAAGAACCACAGACUGGGAAAUGGGUCCCAGGAGACACCAAACAAGUUGGCCAGGCUUUCAGCUUCCUCCCCCUCUCUGUUGCCACAGGGCUCCCGGUGAACCUGAAUGGAUCCUUUGCUGUGACCUCUAAUCGGAGAGGUCUGUGGGAGAGUGGAGUGAAAUAUGACUGGAAUGAAGCUCUCCUGCAGGAUGCUGUUACAACUGCAUAUGUCACUACACUACUAGUGUUGAAGAAUAUGUCAAAAAAUGGAGACCUUCAACGUUACCCGUACUACACCUUUUGGCCCAAUGAAAAGAAUGUGAGCAAGACCUUCAAACCCCUGGUUGAGGAAUUUUACUUCGCCAUCACUCAGCACUUCCCUGUCAAAGCUCUGGAGCUCUUCAGUGACGGGGACAACUGGUGCUCAAUGUGCAAUGCCAGAUUUCUGCACCCAACAAUUCAAGAGGACAAAGCUGUAGGAGAGCUUGCAAUGAAGGUUUGUCAAAGGUAUCCAAACGCAUCUUAUCAUGUUGUCCCACUGCCAUCGUGGGUGAGACAGAGCUUCAUACAGACCGGCUUUGAUACGAUUCUAAAUCAGAGAACAUUUGAUUGGGAAACAUUUUACAAAAACGUGGUAUUCAACAACCUGAGCACUAUGGACCAGAAGAGUAGGAACGCUCUUGUGCUGCAUGCUAUUGACCUGAAUGACGAUGCCAUUGACAAUCUACUGAGGAGCUACCCAUGUAUUCCUACAAAGAAAAGUGGACAACUCCAGUUCAUCAAAAAACUUGUGAAUCCCCCUGGAAAAGUAGCAUGCUUGUUUGAGCAAGAGGAAGGACGGUUCCUUGGGGGGACCAAAAAUGACUUCUGUUCCUCUAAAAGGAUUCAACGUCUGUCAGAACUGGGGAUGCUGAGUAACCAUCUCCCCUUGGAGGACAUCACAGAGAGAGCAGAGACCAUUGCCAGCAUUUGGCAAAAAGAAAAAGGGAAAGCAUACAAGCAUCUUCAGUGCAUCCUGGAGCUGAUGAGGGACUCCUUACAGGAUAAAGCCUCGCCUCACUGGGAGACUCUGAGAAACACAGAGUUCAUUCCAGCAUGUGCUCCAGUGAAUACAUGGGAAGGUAAAGAUGGAGCAGUCAGGCUUCAAAAGCCUACUGACAUUUACAGUGACCGAUGUCGCCUUCUAGUUGACAUGACACAGUCUGUGGUAGACUCUUCAAAUUUGAAAAUACACAGUGAUGAUGCAGUGCUAUGCAUACUGGGACUUUGUGAAAGCCCUUCACUUGAGACAGUUCUUCAGCAGCUGCAGGAAGUAUCCAAGCACACACAAACAUUUGACAAACAGAUGCUUUUCAACAUUGCCCUUGAAUGCUACAGAUUUCUGAAUGAAUGGCUGCAAGAUGAGAAGGAAUCCACAGCCAUUUUUGAGAGGGCACACUCAUUCCCCUUCAUCCUGGUUGAAGACAGAUUUGUGGAUGUGAAAUCGGUGGCAAAAAUUGAGAAUUUUGAGGCUAAACCGUAUCUUCAUGUCCUUCCACCUUCCUUGUCCAGUUUCAAAGAGCUCUGGAAAUGUGUAGGCAUCCAAAAGCAAUUCACACCAGAACAGUUCCAUGGUGUACUGCAGAAACUUAGCCAAGCCUAUGGUAUCAGCCCACUUUCCAAUAAUGAUCUAGAAAUUUGCCUGACAAUAAUCCUAAAGGGAUUAUAUAAGGCCAAAGAUGAAAACCAAAAUAAUGGUCUCAUACCUGAUGAAAACCAAGAUGACUGUCUCAUACCUGAUGGAAGUGGUGUUUUGAAGCCAUCUAACCAGCUCUAUUUUAAUGACAGCCCCUGGAUGGAAGUGUCAGAAGAUGUCACUUUAUGCCAUAAAAAGAUAUCUCGUGCCAUUGCACUUUAUUUUGGGGUGAACACAACAAGACACCACACACUGCAAAAGCAUUCAGUAGAGAACUUCUCACCAUUUGCAGAAGAGUUCGGACAACAUGAGGAACUGACCGUCCGCAUUAAAAACAUAAUUGCAGCUUAUCCCUCAAAGAAGGACAUCCUGAAGGAGCUCAUCCAAAAUGCUGAUGAUGCAGAGGCCACAGAAAUUCACUUUGUUUUGGACAAAAGAAAUCACAGCACGGAAAGAACAUUUGGAGAGAGAUGGCAUCCACUGCAGGGCCCUGCACUGUGUGUGUACAACAACCAGGUAUUUUCUGAAGCUGAUCUGAGAGGCAUUCAACAGCUGGGAGAAGGUGGAAAGCACAACAUUCCAGGGAAAACUGGAAAAUAUGGACUUGGAUUUAACUCAGUCUACCACCUGACUGACUGUCCUUCGAUCCUAACCGGUGACAAAUGGCUCUGCAUAUCUGAUCCCAAUCUGAAGUAUGUUGAAGGUGGAUCACGAGAAUCACCUGGUCGCAAGUACACUCUGAAGAACGAAUUGAAGAACACCUUCAUGGAUGUUUACAAUACAUUUCUCCCAAACGAAUUCUCUCUUGAAAAAGGCACCAUGUUUAGGUUGCCUAUCAGGUCGUGUGCCAUGGCAAAAACCUCAAAGAUAUCAAACGAUGUUGUCAAUGACAGAGAUAUCAAUGAACUGUCUUCUGCUCUCCGUGAAGACCCUGAGGGAUUGAUUCUCUUCUUGAAGAACAUCAGGAAAAUACAGUUCCAUGAAAUCAACACAAACACAGGAACGCUUAGAAUUACUUUCUCGAUUGAAAAAAGUAUUUCUGAGAAGAGUCAUGCAGAAAAGGUUAAUUUCCAAAACCGCGUACAACAGUCCCUGUUGUCUGAUGGACCAACAACACCACAUGAAGCCAUUUACAAUGUCAAGAUUUCAUCAUCUGAUGAAAGGCAAAGCCAGUGGAUCAUUGCAGAGCAGUUUGGCUCCUUUAAAGGAAACACUGAUAUGAAAGGAGAGCCUGGCAGAGUUCCCCAGGCAUCUUUGGCAGCAUGUGUAAGUUCUCAUUGUAAACAGGAUGACUUCAGUGGGCAAGUGUUCUGCUCCCUGCCGUUGCCUGGUAGAACUGGACUGCCAGUCCAUGUAAACGGACACUUUCAGGUAGAUUCUUCCAGACGGGCACUCUGGAAAGAGGAUGGGAAAAGUUUGAAGAGUGAUUGGAAUGAGUCUCUGAAACGGAACAUCAUUGCCCCACUGUAUGCUGGCCUUCUGAAUUACAUCUGCAACCUAAAGAAAGUCAAACCCAAUUCCAUACAUCUUAUUAAUUCAGACCUGGACAGGUCCUACUUGUCCUUCUUCCCCACAAUUACCGAAGACAUUGGCCAAGAUUGGCAUGAAAUGAUUCAUGAAGUGUACAGGUCAGUCAAUGAAAAAGAACUCUGUGUUGUUCCAGUACUACGCAGAUCAACUUGUCAAGUCCAACCCCAGUCAAUGACACACCUGACAAAUGUAAAGGAGUACACUGUUGACUGGUCAAGUUUGAGAAAGACAGUACCAACUGACACUCCUCAUUUAACAAGCAUAGAGAACAGCAUCUUAUUUUCUAUUUUAGAAGAUAUUGGAAUGCAGUUGGUUCCUUCAUCCACAAAGAUGACAAAAAUAUGGACCUGCUUCAAAACAGCUGGAAUUGAUGUGGAAAGAGUCAGUCCUUUGACGGUGGGAAACUACCUGAGGAAGAAACCACUGAAUGAUCCAACUCAAACUGAAAUGGGUUUACCUCUACCCAUUGGGCAGACUUUGAUCAAAGACAAAGAGAGAUGCUCCAAGCUCUUGGAGUACUGUAUCGAAGAUGUUGUAGUUAGCAAGAACACUUCCAGUUCAGAGAGCGGACUUCAAAUAGCUGCUAACAAAAAGCAUUCCAGAUCAGUCAGUGGACUUCCACUCCUUCUCACUCAAGAUCAGAUUCUCAGAGUGUUCGAUCCUGAGUCUCCCAAGCUUCUGUCAACAUUUUACGGAUUGUUCCAUGGACAUCAAGAGGAUUUUGCUGAUUACACAACCAACAUCAAUCAUGUUGAGGUUCUAGAAGAUGGGAACUUUCUUGAGAAAUUGACAAUUCCAGUCACAGUUAAGUAUUUGAAACCUAUACUUCUGCAACUCCUUCAAAACUGUGAAACUGAUCCACACAGUAGGUUACAUGUACCAGACGAGACAAUGCUCUCAUGGCUGAAAGCGCUUUGGAAAUUCUUUGAUGGUCAAGUCAAAUUAGCAGCUAAGAAGGGUGAAGGUGAUAAUCAGGCUCUGAGGGCCAUCAAGGAAUUGUUCUCUGACUGCCCUAUUUUGCCAGUUGUGUGCCCAAGACUUAACAAACAUGUUCUCCAAACAAUGAGGAAAAUGUCCAGUGUGAUUGACGUUGAAUCAAAAGAAGACAUGUCAUCUAUCCUCCUGAAACUUGGUCUCAUGAAAAUAAACAUUCAAUUCUUCAGACAUGUGGACCAACUGCUGUAUCAACAUCUACUCCCUGAGCUCUUGAAGACAGGUGACUGCAGUGCUGUGUUAGACCAAGUCCACCAGCUGAAACAUUCAGAGUUUCAGCAUCUGUCUAGUAAUGAGUUGAUUAAACUACUACAGUUUCUGCAGUCUGGGAUGUGCUCAUCUAAAAACAGACAGGGCUACCAGAGAAAGCUCAAGUCAUUGCCAUUAUUUGAAACCAUACAGGGUAAACGGCAGCGGAUUGAUGGACAACAAAAUGUAUUCAUCCUCAAAACAGAGUUCAAGGAAAGCUUUCCAGAUUUGUACAUGGCAGAUGACAACAACAUCUUCCUCAAAUAUAACUGUGAAAAUGAGAGCUUGUCAGACAACCUGAGCAUUAAAAUCUUAAGUGAUUUGGAUUACUAUGUACAGUUUAUUCUGCCUUUCCUACACAAGCUAAACGAAAACCAAAUUAUUCUCUCUGUCCAACUGUUGUUGUUACUACAAUUAAAACCCAACUACAAGUACCAUGAAAAAAUCAUCUCUACAAUGAAAAAUGUGAAAUUCAUUCGGAACAUCAAUGGGAAUCUGCAGAUGGCCUCUUACUACUUUGAUAAGAAUGAGAAGUUGUACGAAGUCAUGCUGCCACAAGAGAGAUUUGUGCCAGAAAGCUUCUGGAAAAUAUUCCCAGAUGGAGGGAUCAUAUCUCAUAAGGUUCAAGCAAGGAAACUGCUCGAAGAACUUGAAAUGAAGUGCACUGUGUCAGAUGAGGAGAUAAUUGAGUUUGCUCAUGCAAUUGAAUUGGAUGCCAAAGUCACUGCCUGCCUCCAAGAGCUGAAACUAAAGUCGUCUACAUUGUUUGAAACUAUUUUGAAAAGGGAUGACGUAAAGCUAGCACCAAACUUUCUCAAAAUUAUUUCUGACAUUAAGUUUGUUUUUCCUGUGGAAAUUCAAAAGAGAUUGUGCAGCUACCACCCGUCAUUUGCUGGAGAGAGGACUGUAGUUUCAAUCAGAGGUUGUUUGCUUGGAAAAGAUCUCCACAAGUCCCUGAUUUGGACAACCAUGCCAAUACUGCACUUAAGAAGGUUUAUUGAAAAGCAUAUAACAAUGAUGAUAGAAGCAGGCGCUGUUGAACAGCCCCCUCCGGAACGUGUGAUAGAGAACCUCAGAAACAUCUGUCAGUCACCAUGCCAAACUCCUGACUUGGUUGGAACCCGAGCUGAAGUGUUCCGGACAUCUUACACCUAUCUACAAACAAUAGAGUUUGACCCCAAGCUGUUGUCUGACCUCCCUGUGGUGCUGGUGGAAGAAGAUUCUACUCUUGUAAAGACCAAGCACACAGCUCUGGUAUUGCCUCACGACGUGAAGUUUAGGCCAUAUUUGUAUUGCAUUCCUCCAAAGGAUGUUAGGUAUGCAGAAUUCUUCAAGAAAAUUGGCGUCAAAGACGAGCCUACUGCAGAGCAGUACUGCAACGUGCUACAAGAAAUCCAUGCAGAUUCCACCGACAAGCAAACCCUUCAACCAAAUCAGGAGGAAACUGUCAAGUGUGCUGUAGAGCAGCUUUUUUGUCUGAUUAGGAGAUUGGAAGAAAAUCAUUUGAUCUCAGAACUUCCCAAGGCUUUGUAUCUACCAUCAACAGAUGGCAGACUGUACCCUUCAGACUCUCUGUAUUUCAACGACACAGUCUUCCAGGGUAGCAGAUUGGAGGGUGCUCUUAAAGACUUGAAACUCCUGGAGAAACUGAGCAAUUGCCAUUUAGGGUUCGACAGGUAUGGACAUCUUAAAUUGCUGCAAUUGUUGCCCCUGGAGAUACGACCCAAAAUGCUCUCCCAAACUGUAGUAGAGAACAUGGUAGAAUCCAACAUGCAACUGUGUGAGUACGGGGAGUGCUGCGAGUUCAGCGGAUGGUUUCAGGCACAUCUGUCCUCUACUCCUUUCAGGCAUGGUCUGGUUUGUCUCAUUAGACAGCAGAAAGAGGGCCAGGUGUCACAAGGCGACGCUGCCACCAUGUGUGAGACAGCCUUUGGCAGCAUUGAGAUCACCUGCUGCAAGAGCCUUGAAACGGUGCUUUGGCUUGGCCAGGAGUUACUGAGUGGCACCACUGCUGCCACACAGCUGUAUGUCAAAAAGGGCCAGCAAGGUUGCACCUUCUACCUGAAACACAACAACGACACAGCCCACAAAGUGAAGAGUGAGGUCAUCAUGAGACUGACUUAUGAGAUUAAUGUCCUUCUCAAUAACAUUCUCGGCUCAAACCUCCUGCUAGUUCUGGGACACCUUCUCUCGUGUGAUAGCAUGGAGGAUGUCAAGAUGGCUCUGGAGCAGAACGGUAUCCAUAACAGUGCCGAUACUGGUAGCACCAAUACAGAAGAAUCCCUGAAAGGACCGCCAGAACCAGGAAGUCCUAUUCCUGAAGAGUGGCACGACACCCUGGACAUGAGCUACCUCAACAACUAUGAAGCUGGGGAAUACGUUGGCUAUAAGAAGACGGCAGAGGAGGAUUAUUGGUGUUAUGCAGUUAUAGUGGAACAGCUGUGUGUACCAACAGGCCAAUCAGGACAGAGUGCACACAGAUACAAAAUACAAAUUGGGAAAGAUAAAGUAAUCUUAGUCAGUGCCCUUGAUCUGUACCAAUUUAAACAGGAAAAGAAGCCGUCUUCCACUGGAGCAACUUGCAUGGAACUGGUACAACUGACAGAAUCUGUUCCACAGUCUUUGGAAGAAGCCAAAAAGGACAUUGAGGAUUGUCUGGCAGAGAUCUGGACUCUGUCUGCAGAGGAGAAACACAAGGCCAUCAAUCGCCUCUGGUUGAGGUGGCACCCAGACAAAAAUCCAGACUGUCUGCAACUUGCCACAGAGGCAUUCAAGUAUCUGCAAAACAGAAUAGAGGAUCUUGAGAACAGCAGGACGGGAAACCAAUCAUCCCCGCAAUGGAGCACAAAUUUCCGAAACUUCUACGAACAGUGGAACCAGGAGGCUCAUCGCCACCGGUGUGGGAGAGAGAGGUUCUCCAGAGCAAGGGGCCACAAUACCAGAUACAACUUCUAUACAUAUCAUGGAAAUGUACCACAACCCAAUCGAGCAGAGGCUCAGCGCUGGCUCAGUCAGGCCCAGUGUGAUCUAGCUGCUGCUCACAACGACACAGGAGGCAGGGCCACAGAGUGGACUCUGUUCAAGGUACAUCAGGCCGUGGAGAAGGCUCUCAUAGCAGCCGAGUACAGAAGACAUGGACAAUAUUCCAGCAACAUUUCCAUCUCCAUUCUGGCUGAGCGGGUAUCUGACUACAGCCCCAAGUUACACACUCUACCCAGCAUUGUGAGCAAACUGAAACAGCUGGGAGUCGACGCCAAGACCACUCAAUACCCAAACUACCACCCCUUACCAAACAUUCCCAACAAAAUGUUCAAGUGUGAGAAUGAAACCGAGGUACUGGACAUGGCAUCAAAGCUUCUGUGCAAAAUAGAAAUGUAUAUUAAUUGAUUCAAGACAUAGUCUGCAUAUGUUUCCAUUGGGCAUUGAUAGAAAACAAACGGUUGAUUAUUGCAUCCAGUUCUUUUAGAAAUGCACACAAAAAAAAUGCUAAAAGCUAUUUGAUUCGAAUUGCUAAAUGUAUAUUUCAUGUUGUGAGCUUGUGCUUAGCUGCAAGUAUAUUAUGAUCAUUCAAGUGGUUCAGUAAUUAUUUUUAAGAAAACAUUGAUUUAAAAGGAGAAAUUGUUUUUGUUAUACAUCAAAUACAGUAAAAUGUUAAUUUUCCACGUUUUAUGUUGAUGUAUUCUGCUCUAAUAAAUGUCAAAUAUAAAUGUGAUUUAAUAAAGUAAAGAUUGAUCAGG